UGACACUACUGUGUAAAAAAUAUUGACAGAUCUCAUGACAGAAAACAUAACUUAAAGUUCGUAAUGGAAAGAAAGAUUCGAGAGGUAAACAAAGAUCUAUAUGAAAUCGAAUCUCUUCUGAAUGUCGCAAGAAGACAAAAAAUCAAAAAUUUCCUGAGUAUCGAACUUCGAAGACUUAUAUCUGAAAAAUCAAAGCUCGAAGAGGCAUACCGGGACGAAAAAACCAACGACAAGAAAGAUACAAAAAUAAUUCCAUUAGGAGAACGAUCUUAUCGGUUGAAAAUCGAUAAAUACGCUUGGGAUCAGUCUCCCAAAUAUGUGAAAUUUUUUUUAACACUGCCGAAAGUCCACCAGAUGAAUCCAGAGAACAUAAGAUGUGAAUUUGGUACCGAUUCAGUAUCUUUAUCAGUGAAAAAUUUGGAAAAUAAAGAGUAUGUGUUUGAUAUAACUCGACUGCUACAUCCUGUUAUACCCGAAAAAAGUUAUUGGAGGAUUAAAUCUGAUACCAUUGUUAUAUUUCUCGUCAAGUCUAGUGUCAUAAAAUGGACAUAUUUAACAAAGACAGAUGAAGAGAAUGCACAAAAAAAGAGAAACAAAUACAACGUUGAUAAAACUGAAAAACACAAUGAAAAUAGUCUCUUUUCUCUCAUGAGGGAUAUGUAUGAAAAAGGAGAUGAUACCCUUAAAAGAACCAUAGCUCAAGCAUGGAGUGAAGGACAUUCCAACCAAUCUGAAAUUUAAUGGAAUACUAGUAGUUUUGAGUAAAAUCUACAAAUACUUAUAAUAUUUUAUUAAAAUAUCUUUGGGGACAUGUUUCAUUGAAAAUAAAUAAAUACAACAAUA